AUGGUAUUAGCAGGUCUCUUCACUGCGCACUUCUAGGCGUAAACGUUGCGUUCUACGACACGCAGCGACACUGGAUGCCCCCAUUGCUCGCCGUCCCCCAACUUCUAGAAGUUUAGCGACACAAUAGAAUUGCACUGCUAAGGCCGCUAUUUGCGGGGAAGGUUGUGGGGGCUUGCUUGUUACAGUUGCUGUCACUGCCAGCAGCCCAGCGCAGGCGGUACGGGCUGCAUGGGGCACAAGUCCAUGCAGAGGCUCGAGCGCCUCAUUAACAUGCGCGUACCCAGAACAUGGCAAUCUAGCUUUGUUAAAAUGAGCUCACAAAUGCUGAACCGGCAGGCCGUUUCUGCUCGCGCCUUUGGUCGCGCUGCUGGCCGCUCGCGCAGCAGCGUACGCGUGAUGGCGUCAGCGAAGCCUCUGACCUUCUCGAAGUACCAGGGCCUGGGCAACGACUUCAUCCUGGUUGACAACCGCCACACCAGCGAGCCUGUCGUCACGCCAGAGCAGGCCGUGAAGAUCUGCGACCGCAACUUUGGCAUUGGUGGCGAUGGGGUUAUCUUCGCUCUGCCGCCUGUUGGCGACACCGACCUGACGAUGCGCAUUUUCAACUCGGACGGCUCCGAGCCUGAGAUGUGCGGCAACGGCAUUCGCUGCCUGGCCAAGUUCGUGUCUGACAUCGACAAUGCCGCGCCCCGCAAGUACAAGAUCCACACCCUGGCCGGUCUGAUUCAGCCCGAGAUGCUGGCUGACGGGCAGGUACGCGUGGACAUGGGCACGCCCAUCCUGGAGGGGCCCAAGGUGCCCACCACGCUGGCGCCCACCCAGGGCAGCACCGUGGUGCAGCAGGACCUCGUGGUGGAGGGUAAGACCUAUAAGGUCACGUGCGUCAGCAUGGGCAACCCGCACGCCGUCAUCUACAGCUGCGACGGCGAGCCCAUCAAGAUUGAUGACCUGGACAAGGAGCUUGCGGCCCUGGGCCCCAAGUUCGAGCGCAAUGCGGUCUUCCCCGCCCGCACCAACACGGAGUUUGUGGAGGUGAUCAGCCGCUCCCACGUUCGCAUGGUGGUGUGGGAGCGCGGCGCUGGCCGUACCCUGGCCUGCGGCACAGGCGCCUGCGCGCUGGUGGUUGCGGGCAUCCUAGAGGGCCGCGUGGACCGGAAUCAGGUGUGCCGCGUGGACCUCCCCGGCGGCCCGCUGCAGAUUGAGUGGCGCCAGAGCGACAACCACAUUUACAUGACCGGCCCUGCCGAGCUGGUCUUCAGCGGCCAGCUCCGGGCGUAAGGCUGCUGCUUGUGGGUGUCUGGGCAAUUUUGUUGUAUGAGAUGCGAGUGAUUGCCGAGUAUGAGAGCGAAUGAGAGUAUGAGAGCCGAGAGCGGGAGUGAGAGAGCUGACUGAACCAAAGCAGGAUGUGACACUGACCUUGCAAACACUUGACAUGCGAUGCGCAUGAACUGACCAGCUUGAACGAACAUGGCGUGCUGAAGUAGGUAGGUGACGGAGGACGCUUAGGUAGGCCAGAGCCCACGUGAUGCGUGCGGAUUUCGGGAGUGGGGGCACUGAUAGCCCAAGACUUCAUUUAUGCGUUGGGAGCUGAGGCGGCAUGAGGUAGUGCACACGUGCCGCCGCGCCUUAACGCUAAUUGUUUGCCCAGUUCUUGAACGUCGUGCGUCGUGAAAUUGACAUACGGCAGGCGCACAACGUACAACCGUAUCCAUCGCGUGCACUCCCAUGCUGUGAGGACAAUGGGACACCGGCCAUACAAGAUUGUUGUCAUUGCGGUCUCGGUCAUGGAGACAUGCAUCAGCCCGUCCGGCCGGCCGCUCAAUUAAAUGAUCAAUCGGCACACCCUCAGAGCACUAGCAGUGCCUGCUGGGUCGUGCUGCAGGUGUACGCGGGCGCCGAGCUGCGCUGCGUUUUUGGGCUGAGCCCCCCGAGCGAAGCGAUCCAGGGGGGGCGAAGCCCCCCAGGAUUGCCCCUGUCCGUGCCUGCCUGCCUGCCUGCCUGGUGCCUGCCUGCGUCGACAAAAAGUACCAUACUGGCACAAACCGCGAGCGCCACGUAUUAUUAAUUGCUAUUCCCUAUUGUAGAAAAAUAGGCGGCAGGGAAAACUCGGCCGGAGUGAGAAGCGACCUCGCGAGUCCAUGGACAUCUUGACUUUCUUCAGUCCGCGAGUAUAGCUCUCGGGCCCUGAAUAUCUUACAUCCAUGUAUCAAAACAUGUCGACGACAAGCGUCUUGGGGCAAGAAUGUCGAAAUCUUGUGCAACAGCCGAACCAUGCGUGCCGAUCCCGCCUUAAUUAUGUCGCGGCCCCGGAUCACGCGCCCGAGCCCCACUAGCCGUUUGUGGUGCUUGUGAGGGAUUUGGAAUGAGGUAUCACGGACUCAUGUGUGGAGUGGCGUGGACAGGGCGUGGCGGUGCCUUUGGUAUGCCCCUUUGCCAGUCCCGCUGGGCUUGCAAGGGUGCUGUUCAUGUCGCCGGUACCCAUCGUCACAUCCCUUGCUCUAGGGGCUCAGCCCAUUUUCCAGCUGUACAAAGCUGACACCCUUUGUUUGGUGCGUUCGGAGCUGGAUUGUUGCGUCCAUAGGCAUAGCGCGCCCCGAGACCCGACUUCGCUGAUGCCGUGGCGGUCUGUUCCCGCGAAUGU